AUUGCUCAGCCAACGGAAUAUUGUUUCUUUUUCCUUCAGGAGCGGGGAGAACUACUUGUUCUCUCUGAAUAUUCUGCCCGCUUUCUCCCCUUCAUCACAAUACUGUCAAGCACACCAGUGGAUAGAGCUGGGAGCGCGGGCAGAUUUUCGGAGAAUUCGUAGUUGGGCGAAGUUUUCCAAGGUUUUUCAUGGGUGUUUCGAUAGAUCCGCAAGAGCGUGGUAAAAGUGGCGGAAAGGGUUCAUGGAGUUCAUUGAAUUUCUUGACUAGGAGGAAAAGGGUGGAUUCUGAUAAGAAGUCUGAUGGUGAGCUGGCCAAGGAGUUGUCUGUUCCCCAUCUGAUCGCCAUUGGUGUUGGUGCUACGAUUGGUGCUGGCGUCUAUGUUCUAGUUGGUACUGUCGCUCGGGAGCAUUCCGGACCUGCCUUGGCGUUUUCUUUUCUAAUAGCAGGAGUAGCAGCUGGUCUUUCAGCUUUUUGCUAUGCAGAGCUGGCUAGUCGUUGCCCUUCUGCCGGGAGUGCAUAUCAUUACUCAUACAUAUGUGUUGGGGAAGGUGUUGCUUGGUUAAUUGGAUGGGCCUUGAUACUGGAGUAUACAAUUAGUGGAGCUGCUGUCGCACGGGGCAUAUCCCCCAAUAUGGCUGCUCUCUUUGGAGGUCCGGAUAGUUUGCCCAUCUUUUUAGACCGUCAGCAUAUUCCUGGGAUUGAUAUAGUUGUGGAUCCAUGUGCUGCCCUUUUAGUGUUAAUAAUUACUGGUCUUUUGUGCCUUGGGAUUAAGGAGAGUACGUUGAUACAAGGCAUAAUCACAUCAGUGAACGUAUGUGCUUUGGUUUUUGUCGUAGUAGCCGGUGGUUACCUGGGAUUCAAGUCUGGAUGGGUUGGAUAUGAACUUCCUUCAGGGUAUUUUCCCUAUGGCGUAGAUGGAAUGCUUGCCGGUUCUGCAACUGUCUUCUUUGCAUAUAUCGGUUUUGAUGCCGUCGCUAGUACAGCUGAAGAGGUAAAAAAUCCUCAACGAGAUUUGCCGCUUGGUAUUGGGGCUUCAUUGUUUAUUUGUUGUGCAUUGUAUAUGAUGGUCUCCAUUGUCGUCCUCGGUUUAGUGCCUUAUUAUGCAAUCGAUCCUGACACCCCCAUAUCUUCUGCAUUUGCUAACCACGGGAUGCAAUGGGCAGCUUACAUAAUAAAUGCCGGAGCUUUUACAGCUCUCUGCGCAGCGUUGAUGGGUGGAAUACUUCCCCAGCCGCGAAUCUUAAUGGCUAUGGCCAGGGAUGGCCUUCUGCCGCCAUUUUUCUCAGACGUAAAUAAGCGCACCAAUGUUCCUGUUAAGAGCACAAUAGCUACUGGCCUUUUUGCUGCAGUAUUGGCAUUUUUCAUGGAUGUCUCUCAGCUGGCAGGGAUGGUUAGUGUGGGCACACUUCUUGCAUUCACCGUGGUAGCAAUAUCUAUAUUAGUUCUAAGAUAUAUCCCUCCAAAUGAAAUCCCACUGCCACCCUCUCUCCAGGAUUCAGUUGAUUAUGUGUCUUUGGGGUAUGAUUGGAGCAAUGAUGAGACGAACGAAAGAGAUGCAGAGGCAAAUAUUGGUACUUCUGAUAACAUCAAACCUUUGGUUGUCAAAGAGGAUGUAUCAAUUGAGUAUCCUCUUAUUCCUAAACAGCUUGCCAUUGGAAACUAUGUAAAUGAAAGUAAUAGGCGAAAAGUUGUUGGGUGGAUUAUAGCAUCCGCUUGCUUAGGGGUGUUUGUCCUCACAUCUGCAGCUUCACAAACAAGUCUUUUCAGCUCUGUUCGUUACACAUUGUGCGGAAUUGGUGGUAUCCUUGUUCUGUCUGGUCUAGUAUUCCUAACCUGUAUAAACCAAGAUGAUGCAAGACACAACUUUGGACACUCUGGAGGUUUCAUUUGCCCAUUUGUGCCGCUGCUGCCUAUACUUUGCAUUCUCAUCAAUUGUUACUUGCUUAUUAAUCUUGGAGCGGCCACGUGGGCUCGUGUUUCGGUCUGGCUGGCAAUAGGAGCGGUUGUUUAUGUGUUUUAUGGUCGAACCCACAGCUCCCUAAGUGAUGCAGUGUAUGUGCGGGCAACUCCUGCGGAUAAACUUCAUCGGACCUGCGAAAGACAUGUGGCAUAAUCUCGGCACAAGAUAUUUCUUAUGCCACAAACCCCAAAAUGUGGAGCGUAGCUGCUGCUCGGGAUGAAGAAUUAUGGCCGCUCCAGAAGUUGUAUAUGCAAUCCUUGUACAGGAAAUGCACCUCAAGCCUUCAAAUUAGGAUUAUAGGUCUGUCUACUAGAGAAGCAUGUAGUUGUAUGCUUCAAAUCACAGCCCAAUUUGUAUAUAUUGAUGACAUUUGGGAAUGCACUUGCCAUCUUGUAUGAAUGGUGGAUGGCGGGGAUCUGGGCUAGGUCCACUUAUAACCAUGUUUGUGCGCAUAUUGGAAAAUUUAAAAUUGAUCAUUCCAUUUAUUCUCUA